AUGGAGUACAUUUCUACCAGGGGAGGUAGCCCAACCCUGUCGUUUGAGCAGGCGGUCUUAUCGGGCUUGGCACCAGAUGGCGGACUAUACAUCCCGAAGCGGAUACCAGAACUGCCGAAGGACUGGGAAUCGGCGUGGUCGAAACUCACGUUCACCGAGCUGGCCCUCGAGAUCUAUUCGCUAUUCAUUCCCAGCGAAGAGAUUUCCCGGGAGGAGCUCAAAGAGCUGAUCGAGCGAUCCUACAGCACCUUCCGACACCCGGCCAUCGCCCCGCUCAAGAAGCUAACCCCGAGCCGACACGUCGUCGAGCUUUGGCACGGGCCAACGUUCGCCUUCAAGGAUGUCGCUCUCCAGUUCCUCGGAAACCUCUUCGAGUUCUUCCUCAACCGUAAAAAUCAGAAGAGACCCAAAGAUACCCCCGCCGAAAGGAUCACCGUCGUCGGCGCCACCAGCGGCGACACUGGGAGCGCUGCUAUCUAUGGCCUCCGAGGCAAGAAGGAUAUCUCCAUCUUCAUCUUGCAUCCCAAAGGCCGAGUCAGCCCCAUCCAGGAAGCUCAGAUGACCACCGUACUUGACAACAACGUCUUCAACUUAGCUGUCAAUGGAACGUUUGAUGAUUGCCAAGAUAUCGUCAAAACAUUAUUCAAUGACACUCAAUUCAACUCGACCUACCGAUUGGGGGCAAUCAACUCGAUCAACUGGGCCCGAAUCCUCGCUCAAAUCGUCUACUAUUUCUCGUCCUACUAUGCCCUUCGCCCCUCCCUCAAGCCCAACCAGGCCUUGCAAUUCGUCGUACCUACCGGUAACUUCGGCGAUAUCCUCGCCGGCUUCUAUGCUCAUAAACUCGGACUACCUAUGGGUAUCAGCAGCUCAACGCCCGGCCUUGUCAUCGCUACUAACUCCAACGAUAUCUUGACUAGAUUUUGGGAAACAGGAAAAUAUGAAAAGCAGGCUUCGACUGAUGACGAUGAAUCGUCACCGAGUGAUACGACUGUCCAGACUGCGCCUGUCGUUGGAUCUUCAGAUGGAAAACAAGCCAGUGAUCCUAAGCACGGCUUGGUCAAGGAAACGCUCAGUCCAGCAAUGGAUAUCUUAGUCUCGAGCAACUUCGAACGUCUGCUGUUCUAUUUGGCCUUUGAUUCCCUGACCGAAUCGACAGACUCGGAAGAAGAACGGAUCAAGUCUUCGCAAGCCCAAGUGAAGGAAUGGAUGGACCGCCUGAAGACGACUGGUCGAUUCCGAGUCCCCCAGCCCACUCUCACCGCCGCCCGCUCCUUGUUCGCCGCUGGGAGAGUUGACGACGAGCAGACCAAGCAAACCAUCCUGCGCUACUUCAAGGGCGACGAGGAUGUGCUCGAGGACGGCCAGCGAUACGUUGUUGAUCCUCACACUGCCGUCGGACUAUUUGUGGCUGAGAAUCUCAAGACAGGAAGCCAAGACGGAAUCGUCCAAGCAGUUUUAUCGACCGCUCAUCCCGCGAAAUUCGCCGAAGCCGUAAGCCAAUCGAUCGUCCAACAAGCGUCCUCUUCGCCCCAACCGUUCGACUUCGACCGCGACGUCCUCCCCGUCCAGUUCCAGGGCCUCCUCGAUAAGCCUCGGAGAGUAUUCGACGUCAAGGGCAUCGAGAUCCAACUCACUAAGGAUGUCAUCAUCUCGCAUUCAGAUGCCCUCAGUCGUCAGUCACUUCAGGAGCCUACCACUAGCGUUUAA